UUAGGGUUCAAAUAAAACAAAAUGUCAGACACAGAAGAAGUGCAGUGAGUAUCAUAAGUUUUAUUUAUUUAUUAUUAAAACGUUUUUUUCUGCUAUAUCAAACUAAUGAAAUGUGUAUUUUGUUUUCAUGCCACUUCUUUUGUGAAGGGAGGAAGAAGGUAAGAUUUAUUUUGGCUUUGUCUGAAAGUCUGUUGAUAAAUUGAGGUUUUCCUCAAAUUAUUGUAAUGAAUAGUACAAAAAUGUUUUUGGGAAAGACUGACUGCUGGUGUAUACACUGAGUGUAGAAAACAUUAAGGACACAUGCUUUUUCCAUGACAUAGACUGACCAGGCAAAAGCUAUGACCCCCUCAUUGAUGUCACUUAUUAAAUCCACUUCAAUCAGUGUAGAUGAAGGGGAGGAGACUUGAAGUUAAAUAAGGAUUUUUAAGGCUUGAGACAAUUGAGACAUGGAUUGUGUAUGUGUGCUAUUCAGAGGGUGGGAUGCUGCAACUCAAUAUUAGGAAGGUGUUUAUAAUGUUUUCUACACUCAGUGUAUGUUGCCCUUAUCAUUACUUAAAUUGCAUUGUAUUGGGUCAUUCCACGAGCUGUUCGAUUUUCCGGGGGAAAUGCGCUGCAGCUGCCCAACUCUGCCCAAAUACUCUUUCUAAACAUGAAUACGCCUUGCUUGCGAUAGGGUUUUGGAAAUAUUUGGAACUUAACCUUCAUAUUACACGUACUGUUUCAUUUUCCGAUGGAAAUGCGCCGAUGCUGCCCAAAUGCUCUUUCUAAACGUUAAUACGCCUUGCUUGCGAUAGGGUUUUGGAAAUAUUUGGAACUUAACCUUCAUAUCCGCAAUAAAUUAUUUUAAAAAUACAAAAGAUACACUUACUGUACACAGUUUAGCUUAGUUGCACCCGGCUGUGUUUUGAGUAACACCUGAUUCCAGGCGGAAAUGUAGAAUAGUAUGGUCCAAUGGAAAUGCAAGCGUAAGGUGAGAGGAUGUGUUGUAGCCUACUUCGGCUGGAGGGUGUGAGAAAAUACAGCCAUGUGCAACUUUGCUAAACUGAGUACAGGAAGUGUAUCUUUAGUAUCUGAAAGAUUCUUUCUCGCUGAUAUGAAAGUUAUGUUCCAGAGGUUUCCAAAACUGUAUAGCAUGCGAGGAUUAUUAACGUUUCUAAAUGUUAAAACAGAGGGUUGUGAUUGCAGUUCACAUGGAGCCAGCUGUGGUCCAUACCUUCAACAAAGAACUCUAGGGUUGGGUAUGCCCCCUUGGCUUCUUGAGGGCUAGUGUAUAUGCAAAUGAAACUCUAUAUAAUGUAUAUUUUAUUACAUAAUUAUACUUUUAUGAACCUGUCCAGUAAAACUAAAGGACAAUUCUAUCCCAGUUAACAUGAAAUCAUUCUAAUAAUACUUAUAACCUUUUGUAUGAUAUCAUCAGGCUAAGAGAGUCACAUUUUUUUUUUAUUACAGAUGGAUCCAAGCCCAAACCAAAGUAAGUUUUAAUAUACCACAAAAUCAUGAGUUUCAAUUUGACAUAGUAUGACUUACUUGAUUAAACUCUUAAGACAUUGGCUCCUAUAAGGAGCAUAGGCUGUUGAAGAAUGUCCUCCAUCUCACUCUGUUCGUGGCAAGUUUUUCCAGGUCACAUCAGUUGAAGUCAUUUCUACCUGGACGUCUCCGUUUCUGGGUUACCCUCUCUUUCUUUUCCCCUGACAGAUGACAGAUUAUAUGUGUUUAAGGAUCACAUUUGAAGUUUACUGAAAUGUGCAAAUUGAGAUUAUAUUCCAUACAUUUUUUAUUUCCAUAGGUUCAUGCAAAACCUCUCUGCACCAAAGAUGGCUGAUGGUGACAAAGUGGAUUUUGAUGUGAGUUGAACCAUCCAACACACACACACCAUGGUAAGAAAACUCACCAUUUGUGACAGAUUUGCUCUUGCCUCCAGCUGUCAUCUGUUAUAGUAAGCAAAUGAGAGGUACCGAAAGUCAAUAAAAAGACAGAAGCCUAUAAGAAUAAAGUAUAUCUAGUGAAAUGGUGUAUUAUAUAAUGUCUUACCAAAGCAAUUCUUAUUACGAAUUCUGAUUCUUCUUCCUGGUGGUCAGGACAUCCACAGGAAACGUCAGGAGAAGGACCUGUCUGAGCUCCAGUCUCUGAUUGAGUCUCACUUCAUCCAGAGGAAGAAGGAGGAAGAGGAGCUCAUCUCCCUCGUCAACAGGAUUGUGAGUCUGCCAUUUUAGAAUGUGACUGUGCUUUCCAUAUAAAUAAAAUGAAAUAAUAAUAACAUUUAUAUGUAUAUAGUGCAUUCACUGUUCCCAAAAAACAUUGCAACUAACAAAAAAACACCUACAGUGGGGAGAACAAGUAUUUGAUACACUGCCGAUUUUGCAGGUUUUCCUACUUACAAAGCAUGUAGAGGUCUGUAAUUUUUAUCAUAGGUACACUUCAACUGUGAGAGACGGAAUCUAAAACAAAAAUCCAGAAAAUCACAUUGUAUGAUUUUUAAGUAAUUAAUUUGCAUUUUAUUGCAUGACAUAAGUAUUUGAUACAUCAGAAAAGCAGAACUUAAAUAUUUGGUACAGAAACCUUUGUUUGCAAUUACAGAGAUCAUACAUUUCCUGUAGGUCUUGACCAGGUUUGCACACACUGCAGCAGGGAUUUUGGCCCACUCCUCCAUACAGACCUUCUCCAGCUCCUUCAGGUUUCGGGGCUGUCGCUGGGCAGUACGGACUUUCAGCUCCCUCCAAAGACUUUCUAUUGGGUUCAGGUCUGGAGACUGGCUAGGCCACUCCAGGACCUUGAGAUGCUUCUUACGGAGUCACUCCUUAGUUGCCCUGGCUGUAUGUUUUCGGGUCGUUGUCAUGCUGAAAGACCCAGCCACAACCCAUAUUCAAUGCUUUUACUGAGGGAAGGAGGUUGUUGGCCAAGAUCUCGCGAUACAUGGCCCCAUCCAUCCUCCCCUCAAUACGGUGCAGUCGUCCUGUCCCCUUUGCAGAAAAGCAUCCCCAAAGAAUGAUGUUUCCACCUCCAUGCUUCACGGUUGGGAUGGUGUUCUUGGGGUUGUACUCAUCCUUCUUCUUCCUCCAAACACAGCGAGUGGAGUUUAGACCAAAAAGCUCUAUUUUUGUCUCAUCAGACCACAUGACCUUCUCCCAUUCCUCCUCUGGAUCAUCCAGAUGGUCAUUGGCAAACUUCAGACGGGCCUGGACAUGCGCUGGCUUGAGCAGGGGGACCUUGCGUGCGCUGCAGGAUUUGAAUCCAUGACGGCGUAGUGUGUUACUAAUGGUUUUCUUUGAGACUGUGGUCCCAGCUCUCUUCAGGUCAUUGACCAGGUCCUGCCGUGUAGUUCUGGGCUGAACCCUCACCUUCCUCAUGAUCAUUGAUGCCCCACAAGGUGAGAUCUUGCAUGGAGCCCCAGACUGAGGUUGAUUGACCGUCAUCUUGAACUUCUUCCAUUUUCUAAUAAUUGCACCAACAGUUGUUGCCUUCUCACCAAGCUGCUUGCCUAUUGUCCUGUAGCCCAUCCCAGCCUUGUGCAGGUCUACAAUUUUAUCCCUGAUGUCCUUACACAGCUCUCUGGUCUUGGCCAUUGUGGAGAGGUUGGAGUCUGUUUGAUUGAGUGUGUGGACAUGUGUCUUUUAUACAGGUAACGAGUUCAAACAGGUGCAGUUAAUACAGGUAAUGAGUGGAGAACAGGAGGGCUUCUUAAAGAAAAACUAACAGGUCUGUGAGAGCCGGAAUUCUUACUGGUUGGUAGGUGAUCAAAUACUUAUGUCAUGCAAUAAAAUGCAAAUUAAUUACUUAAAAAUCAUACAAUGUGAUUUUCUGGAUUUUUGUUUUAGAUUCCGUCUCUCACAGUUGAAGUGUACCUAUGAUAAAAAUUACAGACAUCUACAUGCUUUGUAAGUAGGAAAACCUGCAAAAUCGGCAGUGUAUCAAAUACUUGUUCUCCCCACUGUAACUACUGUGUGUGUGUGUAGGAGAAACGCCGUGCGGAGAGGGCAGAGCAGCAGAGGGUUCGCGCGGAGGAGACGGAAAGGCAGGCCAGGGUUGCUGUAAGUUCCUUCUCUCUUCUUUCAAACAUUUUAGAGGGGAAAUAUAUUGUGGAUGUAGUUUCUUUGAAAGAUCUCUUGAUCGGUUUUUCUUCCCUAAUGCUCUGCAGGAGGAGAAAGAGAGGAAGGAGGCAGAAGAGCAACGUAGGAAGCAUGAUGAUGAUGCUAAGAAGAAGAAGGCUCUCACUAACAUGACCCACCAGUAUGGAAGCAUCCAGCAGAAGGUCAGUUUGAUAUUGUACAAAAACAUCUCAAAUAUACUAUUUUUCCUUUAACAUAAAGACAUGGAUAAUGGUGUAACAGAGGUAUCCAAGUAAUGUGGGGCAAUGAACAUUUCCUCCCCCAAAAUUCUCAAAAUUUUUUAAAUUUCUUUGAGAGUAAUCGUAUUUCUGAUCUUUCAAUGCCCAGAGUGAAAACCGUAAAGGAGCCAAAAAACAGAACUAGAGGGAGAAGAAGAAGAAGAUUCUUGCUGACCGCAGGAAACCUCUCAGCAUCGACCAUCUGAAUGAGGACAAACUCAAGUAUGAUGCCGUUGUUCAUAAUUUUAAUUUGCCUGCCCUCAGAAAAGCUGACAGUGUUAUUAUACUGUAUAUGUCUGAUGUUUUCUCAAUUUUUGACUGAACAUGACUAUCUGAAUGGUUAGAGUGAUGUAGAUUCUUCAGUGAGACAUCAACGGUUCUUUAGAGCAAGAAAGCAACUGUUCUGAUUGGCUGUUGCCCUACAGGGAGAAGGCCAAUGAGAUGUGGCAGUGGAUGAUGGAGCUGGAGGCUGAGAAGUUUGACCUCUGUGAGAAACUUAAGAAACAGAAGUACAAUGUAAGUCACCUUUACCUAAAACACACACACACACACAAAAAAACUAAAGAAAGAGAAGUAUGACGUAACUCAGCAAACCGGAAACAUUCCCACAACAUUAUCUAAGAUUCCCAUUAAGUUCUAGUUAGGGUUUUAUCUAACAUUAGGAUGAUAACAUUUUUUGUAUCUGUUUUAAAUUAAAUAUCCUUUGAAUAUUCUCCUAACAUUCACUAAAAUGUUCUGCACAACAUCUGUAACAACCACCACAGAACAUUCCCCAAAGUUCUCAUUAGAUUUCCAGGUAAAGUAAUAACACAAUGUACAAGUAACGUUUUCCCAGCAAACCAAAAUUGGUUCUGUGAAAGUUCCCAGAACAUUCGUUAUGUUGCGGCAAAUGUUCUCAUAACACAAAAACUGUCCAGUCAUGCUGAUGAUUAUACAAUGUUUGUAUAAAACAUUCACCUAAUUUUACAAGAACGUUCCCAGAACACAUUUGGUCUGUUCUUUAAAGAAAUGUGUUAGGAACUUUUAAAGAACAUAAAAAAUGUGUUCUGGGAACAGUCUGGGGGGAACAUUGUGGGGACAUCACAAAAUAUAUGUUCCCAAAACACAAAAACUGUCCAGUUGUGUGGAUGAUUAUACAAUGUUUCAAAAAACAUUAACCUGAUGUUGCAGGAACGUUCCCAGAACACAUUUUUUUAUGUUCUUUAAAAGUUCCUAACACGUCUUUAGGUUGUGGCAACAUUGUGGGGAUAUGACAAGAGACAGGUUCCCAAAACACUAAAACUGUCCAGUUGUGCUGACAUUCAGAUAAUGUUUGUAUUAGGGUGCACCAAGCAUUUGUUUGAUGUUGCAAGAAUGUUGACAGAACAGCCUUUGAGUUCUUUAAAGGUUCCCAGAACAUUUAAUUAGGUUGUGGGAUACAUUGAUACAUUACAAGAGAUAGGUUUCCAAAACACAAAAUAUGCUCAGUUGUGAUGACAUUCAUACAAUGUUUAAGUUAGGUUGCACAGGACAUUCCCUUAAUGUUGCAAGAAUAUUCUUGUGAUAUUCACAAAGGUUGCACAGAACAUUCCCACAAUGUUGCACAAUGUUCCACAAUCUCCAAAUACAGUGAGGGAAAAAACGUAUUUGAUCCCCUGCUGAUUUUUGUUGUUUGCCCACUGACAAAGAAAUGAUCAGUCUAUAAUUUUAAUGGUAGGUUUAUUUGAACAGUGAGAGACAGAAUAACAACAAACAAAUCCAGAAAAAGGCAUGUCAAAAAUGUUAUAAAUUGAUUUGCAUUUUAAUGAGGGAAAUAAGUAUUUGACCCCCUCUCAAUAAGAAAGAUUUCUGGCUCCCAGGUGUCUUUUAUACAGGUAACGAGCUGAGAUUAGGAGCACACUCUUAAAGGGAGUGCUCCUAAUCUGUUUGUUACCUGUAUAAAAGACACCUGUCCACAGAAGCAAUCAAUCAAUCAGAUUCCAAACUCUCCACCAUGGCCAAGACCAAAGAGCUCUCCAAGGAUGUCAGGGACAAGAUUGUAGACCUACACAAGGUUGGAAUGGGCUACAAGACCAUCGCCAAGCAGCUUGGUGAGAAGGUGACAACAGUUGGUGCGAUUAUUCGCAAAUGGAAGAAACACAAAAUAACUGUCAAUCUCCCUAGGCCUGGGGCUCCAUACAAGAUCUCACCUUGUGGAGUUGCAAUGAUCAUGAGAACGGUGAGGAAGCAGCCCAGAACUACAUGGGAGGAUCUUGUCAAUGAUCUCAAGGCAGCUGGGACCAUAGUCACCAAGAAAACAAUUGGUAACACACUACGCCUUGAAGGACUGAAAUCCUGCAGCGCCCACAAGGUCCCCCUGCUCAAGAAAGCACAUAUACAGGUCCGUCUGAAGUUUGCCAAUGAACAUCUGAAUGAUUCAUAGGAGAACUGGGUGAAAGUGUUGGUCAGAUGAGACCAAAAUCGAGCUCUUUGGCAUCAACUCAACUCGCCGUGUUUGGAGGAGGAGGAAUGCUGCCUAUGAUCCCAAGAACACCAUCCCCACCAUCAAACAUGGAGGUGGAAACAUUAUGCUUUGGGGGUGUUUUUCUGCUAAGGUGACAGGACAACUUCACCGCAUCAAAGGGAUGAUGGACGGGGCCAUGUACCGUCAAAUCUUGGGUGAGAACCUCCUUCCCUCAGCCAGGGCAUUGAAAAUGGGUUGUGGAUGGGUAUUCCAGCAUGACAAUGACCCAAAACAUACAGCCAAGGCAACAAAGGAGUGGCUCAAGAAGAAUCACAUUAAGGUCCUGGAGUGGCCUAGCCAGUCUCCAGACCUUAAUCCCAUAGAAAAUCUGUGGAGGGAGCUGAAGGUUCGAGUUGCCAAACGUCAGCCUCGAAACCUUAAUGACUUGGAGAAGAUCUGCAAAGAGGAGUGGGACAAAAUCCCUCCUGAGAUGUGUGCAAACCUGGUGGCCAACUACAAGAAACGUCUGACCUCUGUGAUUGCCAACAAGGGUUUUGCCACCAAGUACUAAGUCAUGUUUUGCAGAGGGGUCAAAUACUUAUUUCCCUCAUUAAAAUGCAAAUCAAUUUAUAACAUUUUUGACAUGUGUUUUUCUGGAUUUUUUUGUUGUCAUUCUGUCUCUCACUGUUCAAAUAAACCUACCAUUAAAAUUAUAGACUGAUCAUGUCUUUGUCAGUGGGCAAACGUACAAAAUCAGCAGGGGAUCAAAUACUUUUUACCCUCACUGUAAGUCUGUUUUUUAUGACGUUCUUAGCAUAUUUGUUUUAUGUAGGUCUAACAUAAUGUUCCAUUGAUGUUCACGCAAUAUACAUAUUACCUUGUCUUGGAGGUCUUCAGAACAUUUCAAGAACAUUUAGAAAAUGUUAUAUUUAAGUUUGACCUAAUAUUACCACAACAUUCUCAGCAUGCAAAUGUGUAGCUCCUUACAGCAUAAGAAAGCAAACUUAAUAUUUUUUACACUUUAUAUGUUGACAAUCUACACAUGGGGGUUUAAACCUGCAAUGUUUGGUUCCCAAGCCAGGUCUUUUAACCUCUGCACCACAAGGAAAGGUCUCUUACAGCUUAUUCUUUCAGUAUAUAGCCAUGGCAGUAUGGUCAAUCAGGAAUUCCAUCAUUCCUUUUUAGCCUUCUUAGACAUAACUAACCCAGGGAUAUACUGGUAACUGGGUUAUUCACCAUCACUUCACCCAUCCUCUUUAUAUGCUGCAUACUUCUGGGCCAUAUUUACAAAGUAUCCAAGACUAUGAGUGCUGAUCCAGGAUCACUUUUGAUUUUCAGAUCAUGAAAAAUAAGACAGACCAUACCAAGCUUCUCAAUGUAGAAAUUAUCGAAGUAGAAAUUUGGACAGUCAAUAUUUACACAAUGUGAGAGGGCCCGGGCAGUGGGUACAUCAGAGGUGACCUACAGUACACUGAACAGGUGAACAACAGGUGAAUUCUUCUAUAGUAUCAUCAGGUUCCUGGGUUCCUCUCCUCUCCACCUCUCUGAUGGAGUCCACUUGUACAGGUUUAAACAGUAAAUAAAAGUUGUGUUUAAAUGCUUAUAGCCAGAUUUACAGUAUGUGUCCUUACAGAUUAACCAGCUUCUCGCUCGGGUCCAGGACCACCAGAGGUAAGUAACACUGAGGUUCAGGAUUUUGGACUUCUUUAAAAAUAUAUAUAUACAGUACCAGUCAAAAGUUUGGACACACCUACUCAUUCCAGGGUUUUUCUUUAUUUUUACUAUUUUCUACAUUGUAGAAUAAUAGUGAAGACAUCAAAACUAUGAAAUAACACACAUGGAAUCAUGUAGUAACCAAAAAAAGUGUUAAACAAAUCAAAAUAUAUUUUAUAUUUGAGAUUCUUCAAAGUAGCCACCCUUUGCCUUGAUGACAGCUUUGCACACUCUUGGCAUUAUCUCAACCAGCUUCAUAGAAAAAUAGAAAAAAUAAAGAAAAACCAUGGAAUGAGUAGGUGUGUCCAAACUUUUGACUGGUACUGUAUAUAUAUAUUUUGUAUUUUACCACCUUUUUCAAUCUUGUCUCAUCACUGCAACUCCCCAACGGGCUCGGGAGGCAAAGGUCGAAUCACGAGCCCUCUUAAACAUGACCCAACAAACUGAACUUCUUAACACCCGCCCAUUUAACCCAGAAGCACCAAUGUGUUGGAGGAAACACUGUUCACCUGAUGACCGAGGUCAGCCUGCAGGCACCCUGCCCACCACAAGGAGUCGCUAGAGCGCGAUGAGCCAAGUAAAUGGUCACAAUGAGGAACAUCAGUCCUUUAACAGUGGAACAAUCAUUUAUUUGAACAGGUCAUUCACUAUCCAUCAAUCCCCAAUUAUACAAUAACGCAGAAAUCGUGGCUGAAACAGAACUGAAAAUAAUGAAAUUUUUAGAGGAACAGAAUCAGAACUGGGAAGGAAAGUAAUUUAUACUGUUCCGGAACAUAACCGUUAUUUUAAAAGCAUGGGAACUGGUUAAAAACAUUAUUUUAUGUUCUGGGAUAAACCAUUUUUUGCAACAAAGCCCUUACUCUGUCACUCAGAAACUUAAUCCAGCAUCUGCCUGCCAGCUGAAAAUAUUUGCAGUGUGUGCAUGUGUAGGCUACAUGCCCCUCCCCCUCUGAAGCAUAGGCUACUGAUGUUACAUGCAUGAUUCAGAAAUGAGAAGAAUGGAUUAACUUUUUCAUUGCUAGUUAAAGAUACUACAGUUAUCACGUUUCACAUUGCAUUUAUUAAUUACAAAAAGGUAAGACGUGUUUUUAUUUUAAUUCUGGUGUCGCUCUGCACACGUAAGCUUGUUAGCUAGCCAACGUUUGCUCUGGUCCAACGUUAAGCCAACUCUUGGAAGCCGCUCCUCCGUAGGUAUAAUUCUGUGGGCCUAAUUCAGAUAAUGCACGUCAUAGCAAGAUGCCCAGCGCUUCAAACCAAGCCUCCCCCUUCUAUAUUCUCUCUGCCCACCCACAGAAUUUUAGUUGCAGCUCACGCCCUACACUUGUCUGUCAAAGCAUAUAGCUGAACAACUAUAGCUUGCCAACCCCUGAUAAUUUCACCAUUCAUAUCCAUUGUUUACGCCGCAUAUGUGUAUGUCUGCACUGUAUGUGGCAUCUAUGCACUAUGCAUGACAGCUCCUAUUCAUUUUAAAAGGAGAAAACCUGACAACAUGGUGUGGUCUGAAAUUGCAGAAUAAAACCAUUCCCCAUUAUUAUAAAAAACAAAAAACAAGCCUAAAUAAAUAAAACCCUGUAUUUCACCUGAUUGAUUGCACUGAUGGAAUGAACUUGACAUCUGACUGAAACCAUUAAACUCAUUCACACAAGUUGUAAGUGGACCACAGAUACGGUCCCAAAGUGUGCACUCAAACACUACCCCUCACAGAUUCAAAAGGAGUGGACUGGCCAUGAUUGCACCAAUCCAAUGAUUUUACCUGAAUGAGGGAGAGUGAACGAAUGCACACUUCUGAGUGACGAGUACAGUAGAUAAUUAGAAUGAACAAAACUGCUGCAAUUGAAAGACAUCCACCGGCACCAGCUGGUUCACUACCUGCUAAGCCUGGCUGGCUCGAGAUGAAGCUUUUUAACCCUUUCCUGCCCCUUUCAGCACCAAAGGUCGUGGCAAGAAGAUGGGCCGGGUGAGGUAAAGGAGCAAUCACUACAGUCGGAGAAACCACGACGACGCCAGGGAUCGGCCAAUGAUGUGUGUUCAUCUGUGUUGUUGUGUCUGGCAUAG